AAAAUAGAAAAAUUACUGAAAACAAACACCCCUAUCAUUUUCACCGAUGACCAACGAAAAACACACGAGUCAUGUUGUAUAUGUAAUCUAUGUAAGACCGAGUUUUCUAAAGAAAAUCAUAAAGUGGCAGAUCACUGCCAUUUAUCGGGAAAAUUUAGGCAAACAUUAUGCAAUACAUGUAACCUUAAGCUCCAAACACCUAAUUUUAUACCGGUUUUUUUUCAUAAUUUAUCAAAUUAUGAUGCACAUUUUAUUGUGACACGUCUUGGCUAUGAUUCAAACACUAUUAAUGUUAUUCCGAACAGUGAAGAAAAGUAUGUCUCAUUCUCAAAAUAUGUAAACAACAAGUUUUCAAUAAGAUUCAUUGACACAUGCAGAUUUAUGGCGUCAAGCUUAUCGACCCUGUCCUCAAAUUUAAUAACACCUGGAUACGAAAAGUUCAGAGAAAUUGCCAAAGUGUUUAAACCCGAAGAUAUGCCGCUUGUUACCCGUAAAGGAGUAUACCCGUACGAAUAUACAGACAAUUGGAGCAAACUAGAAGAGACAAGUUUACCACAGAAAGAAGAAUUUUAUAGCACAUUAACAGAGUCAAAUAUUGAAAACGCAGAUUACGAACACGCAAAAACAGUAUGGGACCACUUCAAUUGUCGAUCACUCGGUGAAUAUUCAGAUCUGUAUCUCAAAAUUGAUGUCUUAUUAUUGGCUGAUGUUUUUGAAAAUUUCCGUGAUCUGUGUUUGAGCACAUAUCACCUCGACCCGGCAUUCUACUACACAGCACCAGGUUUCAGCUUUGACUGUAUGUUGAAAUACACGUCUAUGAAACUUGAAUUACUCUCUGAUUAUGAUAUGCUGUUGAUGAUUGAAAAAGGAAUUCGUGGUGGUCUAACUCAAGCAAGCAUGCGUUACGCUAAAGCAAACAACGAAAAUACCCCAGAUUACGAACCGUCAAAUCCUAAAUCAUGGCUGAUAUACCAAGACUGUAAUAACUUAUAUGGCUGGGCUAUGUCUCAAUACAUGCCAUAUGGAGGUUUUAAGUGGGUCAAACCAUCACUAGACGGUCUAAAUGAUUUAAACGAAACAUCUCCCAUCGGCCGAAUAUAUGAAGUUGAUUUGGUUUAUCCGGCAGAACUUCAUGGUCAUCACAAUGAUUUACCCUUUCUGCCUCAAAACAGUAUUCCACCAGGUUCUAAAGUGAAAAAACUUAUGACGACACUAGAAUCAAAGAAAAAUUAUGUUAUACACUAUCGAAACUUGCAGCAAGCUAUAGCCAACGGUCUCAUAGUUGAAAAAGUGCAUAGAGUAGUACAGUUUAAUCAGUCUGCUUGGCUAGCUGAAUAUAUCAGUCUUAAUACAGAGUUGCGGAAGAAGGCAGUAAACGACUUUGAAAAGGACUUUUUUAAGCUGAUGAAUAAUGCUGUUUUUGGUAUGUUAUUAUAA